CGUUGGGUGUUGUACGUGGUGUAGUAGAGUGUCGCUCUUCGUAAAUAAAUACAAAUAACAUUGCAAAUGCAUAUUGUUUAAUUGGAGAAUAAUUUUGCAACUUUUUAAAUUGGUACAUAAGAAGAUUAUAAAAGUUAAUUGACAUCACUAAAUAAACUACAGUGUGAAUAUAAACACCGAUAGCGGUUUGGAUAAAUUUCGCUGUUUAAAGACAAUCAUUCAAAGUCAUAACAUCAUACAUAUCAUUCUAAUAGAUUCAAGAUGUUAAAAUUUAUACGUGGAAAAGGCCAGCAGCCUACAGCAGAAAGACAACGUUUGCAGAAAGAACUUUUCUCAUAUAGAAAGACUGCACAACAUGGAUUUCCGCACAAACCAUCCGCGGUGGCCUAUGAUCCGAUAUCUAAACUGAUGGCUAUCGGCACCCAAACGGGCGCUAUCAAAGUAUUUGGACAACCUGGUGUAGAAUUUUAUGGCCAACACACACUAAUUACUAACUCGGCCGCUGAACUCAAUGUGCAGCUUUUGGAAUGGGUCUACGGCACAGGACGUGUGUUGUCGUUGACAGCAUCAAACCAUUUGAUUUUGUGGGAACCUGUCGGUGCAACAUUGGUUGCCAUCAAGACAUUGCCUUUUGACGGGAAAUUGAAGAAAGUUUCAUCGCUUUGCUGUUCGUUGAACAAAGACAUUGUUUGGAUUGGCACUGAAGGAGGCAAUAUCUAUCAAUUCGAUUUGAAUUCGUUCUCGAUACGUGAACCUGUUAUCUAUCAUGAUAUUGUUUUGGAGCAAGUGCCGCCAACUUACAAGUUAAAUCCCGGUGCUAUUGAAUCUAUACGCCAAUUGCCAAAUGCGCAUAAUAAAUUGCUGAUUGCGUACAACCGUGGACUUUGUGUAUUAUGGGAUCUGGAAACAUCCGCAGUGGUGCGUGCAUACAUUGCACCCGGUCAUGGACAGAGCGUAGGUCUGUUUGUAAAUGCAGCUGGUACGCAGUUUACUUGGUAUCAUGCUGAUGGUUCUUAUGCAUCGUGGAGCUUGACUAAUGCCGAAGCACCGAAAAACGUCAAUUACGUGCCCUAUGGACCGGAUCCAUGCAAAAGCAUAAAUCGACUUUAUAAGGGCAAGCGAGGCUCGGCUGAAGUUGUUGUAUUUUCUGGUGGCAUGCCACGCUCAGCAUAUGGCGAUCAUAACUGUGUGUCCGUACAUGCAAAUGACGGCAAUAAAGUGUGCCUGGACUUCACAUCAAAAGUUAUCGAUUUCUUUGUGAUAUUCCAAAAUAAUACCGAUAAUGUGCAAGUUUUGGUCGUACUGCUGGAAGAAGAGUUUUGUGCUUAUGAUUUAACUGAUAGUAAAGUUCCUGUACUAAAAGCACCAUAUUUACAUUCCGUACAUGCAUCCGCUAUUACGUGCAAUUACCUGGCAUCACAGGUAACUCAGGAGGUCUACAAUAAAAUUGUGCACGCAGGCGAAGAACAAGAUGCCGAUUGCAGCCACCUAGAUUGGCCAAUUAAUGGUGGUGUCUUGGAAGAAGAGGUGUCCGACGAUGCUGAGAAUGAAGAUGCACGUCUAUAUGAAAUACUAUUGACUGGGCAUGAAGACGGUUCUGUGAAAUUUUGGGAUUGUACUGGCGUUGUUCUCAAACCGCUUUACAAUUUCAAAACCGCACCAUUGUUUGGGCAUGAGAAUCUGGAUGAUAUACCGGCGGAAACAUCGGAUACUUUGGAUGAGUCUGAGCCACCAUUCCGAAAAUCUGGCCUUUUCGACCCCUACUCUGACGAUCCACGUUUGGCAGUUAAAAAGAUAGCUUUGUGUCCAAAAACUGGACGGCUAAUUGUUGGUGGCACUGCUGGUCAAAUCGUGAUUGGCAACUUUGAUAACGGCGAAUCUGAUGGCGCUGCGCUUAAAGCGAGUUCUAUGAAUCUGGUAAGCGAUCGAGAUGGUUUCGUCUGGAAGGGACAUGAUCAAUUGACGGUGCGCCCAAAUCUGCUGGAGCCAGACGCUGAACCUGUUGCUGAUGCUGGUGUUGAAAUCACCGGCGUUUUACAAGUUCUUCCUCCAGCAAGUAUAACCUGUUUGGCGCUGGAAGCGAAUUGGGGUUUAGUGGCUGGAGGCACUGCGCAUGGUUUAGUUUUAUUUGACUUUAACACCUUUCUGCCAGUUUUUCAUCGUUGCACACUCAAUCCAAAUGAUUUAACAGGUGCGGGUGAGCAAUUAUCACGACGCAAGUCAUUUAAGAAGUCGUUGCGAGAAUCUUUCCGCAAAUUGCGUAAAGGCCGUUCCACGCGUAACAAUCCAUCACAAGUGCCUACAACUUUGGAAGCACGCCCAAUUGAACGACAAGUGGAAGCACGUUCCACCGACGAUGGCAUGGGUUCUAUGGUUCGCUGUUUACAAUUCGCUAAAACGUUUAUCACUAAUGUAAAUAUAACUUCGCCCACCUUGUGGUCGGCCACAAAUUCGAGCACAGUAUCAGUUUUCCUGUUACAUUUGCCACCUGCUCUAACUGCUGCCACUAAUAUACCACCAGUUAGCGGUAAUGCAGCGGCCACAACAGCAGCUACACAGCCACGACGAGUAUCGGCUCAAUUGGCGAAAGAAAUACAACUGAAACACCGUGCACCUGUCGUCGGUAUUGCCAUAUUCGACCAGCAUGGCUACCCGGUUGAUCAGCAUAGCAACAGUAGCGCAGUUUCACCACCACAUCGUCUACUAAUCGCAUCUGAAGAGCAAUUUAAAGUGUUCUCACUGCCACAAUUGAAACCCAUCAACAAGUAUAAGCUAACCGCAAAUGAGGGCGCACGCGUGCGCCGUAUACAUUUUGCAUCGUUUUCAUGCCGCUUGCCAGCCGAUUUAUUGGCACAGGGUGUUGGGGGUAGCCCGUCCAAGUCGAUUUCAGCGCGUUCACAAGAGAAUGCACAAGAUAUAGCCAAUACCAGCGCCAACACUACCGGCGGCAGUGCCACCGACGCGCGUCUAUAUCACGAAAUGGCAUUACUGUGUCUAACCAAUAUGGGCGAUAUCAUGGUGCUAUCGGUGCCGGAGCUGAAGCGACAACUGAAUGCAGCGGCUGUCAGACGCGAGGAUAUUAAUGGCAUAUCAUCGCUUUGUUUUACAAAUGGCGGCGAGGCCUUAUACAUGCUUUCUUCCUCGGAACUGCAACGUAUAUCGCUAUCGACCACAAAAGCUGUAACGCCAAAAGGCGGUAUUGAAGUGGAGGAAUUGGUUGCCGAUGAGCACGCAAAUGCAGCUGGCGAUACGAAUAGUGUAAAUGCGGAGAACCAGGAAAACAUUGACGCAGCAAGUUUAUCUUCAGCAAGAAAUUCACAUUAUUCAGCUGCGAAAGAUCGCACAAAACCGCUUGAAGUCGACAUCGACCAACAGAAAGGUAGCAUUACGCUAACCAAUGGUGUUAAUUCGAGUGUGGACAGUAAUUCUCCAAAUCGUGCCAACGAUACAAUCACAAGUUCCAUGGGCGAUAUAACUGUUGAUUCCGUCCGCGAUCAUUUGAAUGCCACAACAACUACUUUAUGUACCACCACAACGGAGGAAACUGUCGGUCGUCUAUCUGUAUUAAGCACACAAACUAAUCAAAUUUUGACCAGUGCAAACAUGAAGGAUGUCAGCGAUUUCAACAUACCGAAUCUUGCGGAUUUGGCGCCUUUGAGUAAUACAACUGAAACUAAUAGCAGCUCUGUGGUUAUUAAAUCAAUUAUUACAAGUAUUUCACAUGAAAAGACCAAUGGCGAAACGGAGACAGUUACAACAAAGACAACCCAGCGCGAAGAAAGUCAAUUUUAAGAUCUAUUUUUUUUUAAUUGACACCGAAAAAAUAUUUAUUUCGAAAUUCAACAUGGCGAUAUAGAGAUUUGAAAUAAUUUAAACUACAUAUAAAUAAGUUUUGUAUCGUCUUACAUUGCAAUAUCUUCUACUUUAAUUUUAGCUAUUUUUGUUUCUUUAAUUAAGGCACCUUCCUAAAUAUCCCAAUCAAUGAAUUAUUCUAAUUUUGCAUCUAUCUAUCAUUCUAAUUUUAAGUUUUUAUUCGAAGAUUAUUUUUAAAAAUCUUAACACACAUUUUCACUAAAACUGCACUGAUCCACAAACGCAUCCAAUUUAAUCCUUGCAUAUAUAUUAAAGAAAAGAAAAAACGAAUGUUAACGAAAAAUACACAAGUACAACAAAAUGAUUGCCUUACUUACAAACAAUACAAAUAAUUAUUAUACACGGUACGGCAUGUAUAA